CCUCCCCAAAUCCCAGAAUCCGCCGCGGCAUCCGGCGAUCACGCCCCUGCACCGGAGAUGGCGGACGACGGCGGCGACGGACCGCCGUGCGACUCCGACUACAUCAGCAACCUCCCGGAAAACGUCCUGGUCACCAUCCUGUCCCUCCUCAGGCUCGACGAAGCGGCGCGGUCCACCGUCCUCUCCACCCGCUGGCGCCACCUCUUCCCCUACACCCUCCUCGACUUCAGGGCCUACGCCCUCGGCCGCGACGUCGUCGCCGCCGUGAACACCAUCCUCGCCGCGCACCCCGCCGCGCGCGUCCGCUCCUUCCGCACCGGCUUGCUCUACUUCCCGCCCGAGGACGACCCCUCCGUCGAGGCCUGGCUCCGGGACCUCGCUGGCCGCGGCGUCAAGGAGCUCUCCCUCUCCUUCCGGGAGAGGUGGCAGAAGAUCCCCGCGUCGCUCUUCGCCUGCACCUCCCUCAAGCGCCUCCACGCGAGCAGCUGCACCUUCCCGGACGCCACCCAGGCCCCCGUGCCGCUCGCCGCCCUCGCCGAGAUCGAUCUGUUCGGGGUCAACAUAUCCGAGGAAUCGCUCGGCGCCCUGCUGUCGCGGUGCACGGCGCUGGAACACCUGAGGAUGCGGAGCAUGGGCUGGUGCCACCGCAUCCACGUCCGGUCUGAGAGCCUCAAGACCCUCUGCGGCUGCGGCGACUUCGAUGAGCUCUUAAUCGAACACGCUCCUAACCUCGAGCAGGUGUACGGCAACUACAUGUACAUGAGAAGCACACACCUCAAGGUCGCGCACGCACCGAAGCUGGAGUUCUUGGGCUACCUCGGCAUGAGCUUCGACACGAUUGAGAUUGGGCAAUCCGUUUUCACGGAAGAUGAUUUCGAUAUAAAGACCCUGAUGCCAAGCCUGAAGACACUCGCUAUCGAAUUGAGCUACACGUCCGAGGGGUACAUCAAUUGGUUCAUGCAGCUCCUCAAGCUGUUCCCUUGCCUAGAAACGCUCUACAUCAGGUCAGACACUUGGUCCAAGGUCCGCGCCGCGGCACCGGGGUCCUGGGACGUGCUGAGAUCUGUCCCCUGCAUCGACAACCACCUUGAGAGGGUGGUGUUUGAGGUUUACCGGGGGCACGAGUGGCAGAGGGAGAUGGCCAAGUUUCUCCACGGCAGGGCCAGGUUCCUCAAGGCCAUGGAGUUCCACUGCCAGGGAGAUAAAGGUUGCAGCGAGCUUUUGGGUGAAGAAUGGGUCAGGGAGCAGCAGGAGCUACUGUGCCUCGACAGCCGGGCAUCCUUGGACGCUCGUUUCCUCUUCUUCAAGGGCGCUCUGGUGAAUAAUCAUCACGAUGUUAGCCACCAUGAGUGGUACAAGAGGAAGUACUAUCAUUACCUGUAUAAUGUCUAAGGAAGAGGUUAGGGGACUGAGAGUUUGUUAAAUCGCUGUAGAACAGGAUGCGUUUGGUUUAAUUAGAAGGUUUUCAUUUUUGGAGAUACUAUUUAUGAAUGAAUAAGUGAGUGAAUAAUUAUAGGAGGUUUGAGAUCGAGACAUGAGCAAAGCAUCAGAUUGUGUUGUUGUAGAAUUAUUUUUCACAAUUGUAAGUUCAUAGAAACGAACAUAAAAAAGCGAGACGGCCACGUCCAGUUUCUCG